AUGGUGAGGCAAAUUCAGAAAAAAUCAAAAAAAAGAAGGUAAAUAGACAUCCAAUUAGAAUGGGGAAACUCUUUUAGAAGUUGGUGGAUAUAAUAAAACAAUUGUAAAGAUAUUUUAAUACUAGGAUGGAUUGAAGGAACAGAAUCAAUAGCUAAAUAAGUUAAUAAAAAUGGUAUAGCUCAAGUAUAUGAAAAUGGAGAAUAUUUUCGCAAUUAAAAGUUUGGAAGAUGGCAAUAUUAAUAUAAAUAACACAAAAUUUAUAAUUAUAGCUAGAAUAAUUAGUGGAGGAGGUUUAUAUAUCAAAUGAGGAUAGAGGAAUGGGAAAUGGAUAGUUUUAGGGGGAAGGAUUUUUGGAUUAAUCUUAAGUAACUUAUUCUUCCAAAUAUCGCAAUAGUAACAAAGUUGUUAAAUGGGAUAUUUGACUUAAUUUCAAUGAGAAUAAUAAAAUGUAAAAUAAUAUCAUUUAGUAAAAAAUGAAGUAGUGGAUGUAAUGAUAAGGAAGGCCAUGAGUUUGAAUUAAGUUUAUAAGUGGAGGUUUCAAAUAAAUUUGAAAUUUCAUCUUCAGUAACAUAUAUUGGUGAAUAUAAAUUUGGUUAAAAUAUUGGCGAAUGGGAUAUUUGGCAUAGUAAUUCUGAAGUAAAUAAUAAGAUGUAAAAAUUAGUAUAUACUCAUAUGCUUGUUUUAGUUGUGGUGGAUUAUAUGAAAAAAGUGGUGAUGAAAUGAAUAUAGCUAAUUGGAUAGAAGUUUUGAAUGAAAAUGCAAAAAUUUUUUAACUAAUGUAUUAUGGUAUACAUAAAAAUGGUUAAACAAUCGGCAGAUGUGAUACAAGGAAAACCGAAGGAUAAGGAAAUUAAAGGAUGUAAGAUUAAAUGAUUAAAUGAUAAAGAUAAAUCAAAAUUACUGGCAUUAGGACUCAUAAAAGUAGAUGGAAGGAACACCACCCUGUAAACAGUUAAGGUAAAAUGCUCCACCCAUAAGUUUGAAGCCUCCUAUUAAAAUAUUUUUAUUUUAUUUUUUUUUUUAAUUCCAGAAAGUUCUAGAAAUAUGACGGAGUAUUGUAUUUUUAAGAAGGUCCAAAAAAUAUAUUUCCCAAUCUUUUUGAAUCCUCGGGUGCCACUCGGUGAUUUUCACCAUCACGGCUCCACAGGACCGAGAGUGUCAAGUAAUUUGAUUCAUCUUAAAAUGUUUUUGUAAGGCAGCCAUCAUUUGGCUCUUACAGUCCUAACCCCUACAUAAUCAACAUCUAUUCUACCAGCAAACAGCCCCUCAUAAGGUGAAUGGCCUAGUCAAGAUGAGAAACGGAGAUUUGGACAUGUCCACAUCCCAUAAGGAGUCAGUGAACUACGGAUGAUGAAAGCACAUCUUACCGAAAAUUAUCACAUGGCUAGAGUGAAAUUUUUUUUUUAAUUUGGAUGUAAGAUUAUAAAUAUAUAGUUAAUCUUUCUGACUUAAGGAGAGGUGGAUUUUAUGAUGAUGAAGGGGAUGGAAUGAAGGUUGGUAAGAGGGUGGAAGUAUCAGAUAGAUUUCCAAGUUACCCUGGGAUAACAUAUCAUGGUGAAUAUAAAAAUAAUUAAAAAGUUGGAAUUUGGGAUAUGUGGUAUAUGUAUUUGAUGAAAGUGAGUUUAAAUUGAUGU